AUGGGUAAGCCUCGCGGUCUUAGGACAGCUCGUAAGUUGAAGAAUCACAGACGUGAGCAGAGAUGGAAUGAUAAAGAUUAUAAAAAAUCUCACCUCGGUACAAGAUGGAAGUCCAAUCCGUUCGGUGGGGCCUCCCAUGCUAAGGGAAUCGUUCUUGAAAAAGUUGGUGUUGAAGCCAAACAGCCCAACUCUGCCAUCAGGAAAUGUGUGAGAGUUCAGUUGAUCAAAAAUGGAAAGAAGAUUACCGCCUUUGUGCCAUGGGAUGGUUGCUUAAACUUCAUUGAAGAAAACGAUGAAGUUCUGGUAGCUGGAUUCGGUCGUAAAGGUCACGCCGUGGGAGAUAUUCCUGGAGUUCGUUUCAAGGUCGUCAAAGUUGCCAGCGUCUCCUUGUUGGCCCUCUACAAAGGCAAGAAGGAACGACCCAGAUCAUAA